UGGGCGGCAGCGGCCAGGAGGAGACGGCAAGCGUCGGUGGAGGCGAAGAGUCUUUUCAAAGACCUGGGCUUAUCUCAUUGGGGGGAAGAUAUUCUGGAAGCCGUGCGCUGCCUCCGGACUUCUUACGCUUGGAAAUCCCGUUUAAUAACUUUGUUAUUUGAAAGUUUGUUAGGCAGGGCGCCAGGGGAAGCCGCGUUACUCGAACGGUGGGAGCGCUCACUCUUUUUAAACCCCGAACUGUCAAUUUUCGCAAAAGCAGGCCCUAAGCCACCAACUGAAGAGUGCUAACGAAAUAUGUUUUUUUUUUUAUUCCCCUCCUUUUAAAAACAGCAUUCGUGGCCUGAUCCUAGAGACACACUGGGUAAUGCUGCUUGUACAAAUCAAUACUACUUCCAGUUUAGUUGCUUUAUUCAUGUGCAUAAAAUUACAGAACAUGAAUUUUGGCUGGCACAAAGUAUGAUGUAAUCUUUGGCCAACAAAAAUACAGUAGUAGCAGCAGCAGCACUUCUAAAUGGUAGUAAGUUCCCGUAUUCCUCUAUUGUUUAAAUCAAUGCAACUUACUCUUUUAAUAUAAUCUCCUUUUUAAAGGCUAAAGAAUUCUAGGUUUGUGCAAAUAUAUUAACUUCUUGCAGUGCAAAGCCAAUUUUGCUUUAAUCUUUUUGUUUCCCCAGUGAAACUAGCUGGGUAUAUAUGCUAAGCUUUGGAAAAAAUAAUUUCAAAGAGGAAUCUGGAAGAGUUUUGAAUUCUCAAAAAAGGAUUAUAACAAAAUUUCCAGUAUUUCAAUAAUAUUAUUUAAUAGCGACAAGGUAUUGUGCCAAAUCCAGCUUUAAAGCAUUCUCCAAAAUCAUUAUUCUGAUGUCACACCAGUCCAGAGAAGUAGAAUUAACACUAUUUGACCAAUGUAAAGACUGACACAGAAGUGAAAUACUGCCCAGGAAGACAACAGAAAGAUGCCAAAGGAAAGAUAAGAGACAAAACAGCAAGAAUCUGGACCAGAAAAAAAAUCUCACCAUGCAACCAAAUUGCAGUCAUCUCCACAACAUCCAAGGGAGUGGUGAUGACUCUUCAUCUUCUCAGAACGCCCACGCAGCGAGGCUGUCAGGAGAGAGCUCAUGCCAUCAUAGUGGAGAUGUUCGCAUACAGCUAAAUUCUGCUGUGGGAGAAGCCAGGGAGAAUGCGAGUUCCCUGCAUUCAAGGCCAGGUUCCCAAAGUCACUCACACGGACAUGCCCAUGGCGAAGCAGGGGGGCUCGACAAUUCUACUCCAGACUCAGAGGAACACAGUGGCAGCUCCCUCUCAGAGCUCAGAUACCUCCUCCAGUGGCUGCACAAAAGUCUGCCGUACAUCUUGAUUCUGUGUGUCAAAUUGAUCAUGCAGCAUAUAAUUGGCAUUUCUCUUGGAAUUGGGCUGCUAACAACUUACAUGUAUGCAAACAAAAGCAUAGUAAAUCAGGUUUUUCUAAGAGACCGGUGCUCCAAGUUGCAAUGUGCUUGGUUACUACUAUACCUAACGGGAUCAUCUCUCCUCUUCUAUUACGCCUUUCAUUCUCAGUCACUGUAUUACAGCUUAAUCUUUUUAAACCCUACUGUGGAUUUUAUGAACAUCUGGGAGGUACUUUGGAUUGUGGUAGUCACAGAUUUUAUUCUGAAAUUCCUCUUCAUGGGCUUCAAGUGCUUUAUUCUCUUGGUGCCUUCUUUUAUGAUGUCCUUUAAAUCUAAGGGCUACUGGUACAUGCUGUUAGAAGAACUCUGCCAGUAUUACCGUAUGUUUGUCCCCAUACCAGUUUGGUUCCGUUAUCUUAUUGGCUAUGGGGAGCCGGACAGUGUACUAGGAUGGACCCUUGGGAUAUUGCUGGGCCUUCUCUACCUCAUCCUAAAACUUUUGAGCUUUUUUGGACAAUUGAGAAACUUCAGGCAGGUCUUACGGAUCUUUUGUACGCGACCACACUAUGGGGUGGCAGCUAGCAAGAGACAGUGUUCUGAAUCGGAUGAUAUUUGUUCAAUCUGCCAAGCUGAUUUUCAGAAGCCUAUUCUGCUUAUCUGUCAGCACACAUUUUGUGAAGAAUGCAUCUCUUUAUGGUUUAAUAGAGAAAAAACGUGUCCACUCUGCAGAACUGUUAUUUCAGACCAUGUUAACAAGUGGAAGGAUGGAGCCACAUCUAUGCAUCUACAGAUUUUCUAAAGCAUGUCAAACAACUUGUUUUAUAGUUUGUUUGUUCAAGCUAAGGUUUUUCAGUUUACUGCAGAUUAAUUUGUAGGUGGCACAAGGAACGAGUUUCCAAAUUCUAGAUACCAUGCUUCUAUGAAACGUUCCAGUAUUUAAAACAGUGCAGAAAAUGUUAACUUGACCUUCUUGAGUAAGUUUUCAGAAUGAAUGCAGAAAAGCCAGCAUUGCUUCUUUUGUGAUUCUUGUAGGAAACAAUUGAGUCCUUGAAAAAUGCUAAAUUACUUCUUGCAGCAGCUUCUUAAUUCAACAUUUUAUUUAAAACUUUAAGUAGAGUUCCAGACUGUACUAAAUUGUAUUUACCCUUCUAACAUGACUCAACCCAAAAGGUCAAUCUACCAGUUUUAUUAAGAUUACGAGUGAAUUUUAUACUCCGGACUACAGUGAGAAUUAGAGCUACUUGUCACACUUGGCAUUAAGGGUUCUUUAAUGCUAGCCAAUAGAUCAGAGAAAUUAGCUGCUCAUUAGUGCACCUGUAACAGCAACUAUUUCUCACUGUACGUGGAGAUAAGCCACAAGAAUAAGACAUUUCCCCUUUAGGUUCUUGUAGACUUCUAAUGGAUCUUUGGCUUAAUACGUAAACCAACCACUGAUGUUAGUUUUUUACUCAGCAUUUUAUAAAGUUGGUAUUUUUAAAACAAAACUUUAAUACUAUAUUUUUUGUCGUAACAGGAACCAGAUUUUCUUACAGGGGAGAAUCUAUUUUAUACUAUAUCUGCAAUUUGUAGUAUGCCUAAAAAUCAGAGAGAAUAAAUGCAUUUAAAUCUAUUUGUUUGGUGCAUGUUGAAUAAAGAAAGAAGAUCCGUUAUUGUUUCAGUAUUAACUUACAUGAAAGCACAUAACAGCUCACUGCUAGGUAUACUUUUCCUGUUAAACUAGUGUCCCUGAAAAAAAACCUCCAAAUGCUACAACGUAUUCAUGACUAGUCUUUAUGCUAAUUAUAGAGCUAACCUAUGUACAGUCUCACCUUUUUUUUCUCUUGCUUGUCUUUUUUCACCUUGCUAUUCAGCUAAGACUAAAAAAACCCACUCAAAUUAUUCUGUUACAGCAAAGUAAAUUGAGUUGCCAUUAAAUUGAGCUUGUCUUAACUGAAUACCUUCAGGAAACUUCUAAAUUAGGGGAAAAAACAGAACUAAAAAGUUAAACACUUACUUGAUGAAUGAUGUAGCAACUCAAAUUGCCAGGCAGAGUGACUGAAUGCUAUAAAGUUGCAGCUGACACAGCCAGAUUUAUAGGGCUGGCAGGGCAUGAUGGGAGAGUGCCCUUAAAGGUACAGCUAAAAGUGUAAAACCAGUAGAAUUUAGUAUUCUGAACAAAAAUCUAAUGAGACGGGAGAUUCAAGCUAAGAGGUAUCAUUUUAUGUUCAACCUGGGCUUUGCUAUAGCAUGCUAAUUGUGUUUUUGUUUGAAGUUUGCUGCGGUUCAGAGUAAGCGUGCCCUAUGAUUGUUCCACUGCAGUAUCUGAGUGACUGGGGAAAAAGACUCCAGCUUAAAGAAAACAGGCAAAAGCUUCCAAGUCUGUAAUUGGAAACUUACGGGAGUAGAAGAGACUGGUUCUCAUGGAAGCCUUUCCCAGCAGGUGAGGUACUUAGUUUGGAGAACAUGCAGAUGAAUGGUGUCAGAGCAGUCCUGAGGGUGGCAGGGAAGAAUGAGAGCUUGGCCACAGCCAGCACUGUGCAGUAAUGGGCUCGUGCCUGUACCUCUGCUAUAGUCAAGAACAAACUGCUUUUUGUUUCCUCGGAGAGAUCUAGCUAUGCCUUGCAUUUGAAGUUCAUCCAAGAUCAGAACUGUUUGUUAUUUAAAUUUCAUCAGUGCUGAUCCUCAGACUGCUGCUGCAGCAGA